AAGCUCCUUGGGAACUUAGUUACCAGGUCUCAUAGCACGACCUCUGUGUCCUCAGAGUCGCUGUCAUCACGGAGACCUCUCACUGGUCACCCUGCUGCAGCCCUCACAUGGACCAAUAUGUCUCCACAGCUCCUCCCUGAUUCCCCAUAGCACAGCUGGGAACAUUUAAACAAGACUCUGCAGGAAAGGGACGGAUACUCAAGGGGAAUUUGCUGCAGAAGAAAGCACCUACCACAUUUGAAAAUGAACACCAUAUUCGUUUCUUCACAUUGUUGGUUCUUUUCCAUGUGACGGUGUUGCUGAGGAAUCAUAGCAGGAUACAAGGGGUUUCUGAAGACUGGAAAAGGGCAAACAGCAUAUUUCGAAAGUAG